AAUGCACUAUAAAUGGGAAGGCAUGAACUCCAUUUUGUAAGCCAAAAACAAAUUUUACUUUGUAUUUGCACAAUUUGAGUGGAAGCUAAGCAAUGAAGAUUGAUCAAGUGCUCCAUAUGAAUGAAGGAAUGGGGGAAGCCAGUUAUGCCAGGAACAGCUUGCUUCAGCAAAAGGCAAUUUCAAUAGCGAAGCCCAUGAUAGAGGAAGCAAUAACAACCCUAUAUUGCAACACACUCCCAAGAAACCUUGCCAUUGCUGACUUAGGAUGUUCUUCAGGCCCAAACACUUUCUUUGUAGUCACCCAAAUUAUCAAAUUCGUAGAAACACUUUCCCAACAACUGAACCGUCCCUCACCCGAAUACCAGGUCUUGUUGAACGAUCUUCCGGCCAACGACUUUAACUCCAUCUUCAAGUCUAUUCCCACCUUUAAACAUGAGCUCUAUAAUGAAAUCCAAGCUAAUAAGAUUGGUCAUUGUUUCAUUUCUGGAGUUCCUGGUUCUUUCUAUGGCAGACUCUUUCCUACCCGAUCUCUGCAUUUUGUCCACUCCUCUUAUAGCCUGCAUUGGUUGUCUCAGGUUCCUGAGGGUAUAGAGAAGAACAACAAAGGGAACAUUUAUAUAACGAGGACAAGCCCAAAAAAGGUGUUGAAGGCAUACUACGAGCAAUUUGAGAGAGACAUUUCAUGGUUUCUAAGGAGCCGUGCAGAGGAGUUGGUAGAAGGAGGGUGUAUGGUUCUCACAAUCUUGGGAAGAAGAAGCGAAGACCCAAGCAGCAAGGAGUCCGCAGUUCACAUUUAUGAGCUCUUUGCAAACGCUCUCAAUCACUUGGUCUUCAAGGGACUCAUUCAAGCUGAUCAACUUCACAGCUUUAACAUUCCAAACUACAUUCCAUCCUCAUCGGAACUCAAACUCCAGAUCUUAAAACAAGGCUCCUUCAAAAUCAACCGCACCGAGGUGUCAUCCGUGCACUGGACCCAUUGCGGCAGUGAUAAUGAACACAAAAGCGGUGCAUAUAACGUAGCCAAGUGCAUGAGGGCCGUGCUAGAACCUUUGGUUCUCCAACACUUUGGUGAAGCCAUCAUUGAUGAGGCUUUUCGGGUGUUCCAGGAGCUCUUAGCCGAUACUAUGUCUAAGGAGAAAACGGAGUUCUUCAAUAUCACUUUAUAUUUGACCAAACAAU